AUGUACAUACAUCUGUCUCGCGCAAGAACAGUGACUCAUUUCGGAAAUCAAAAAGUGGCUGCGUUGUUCAUUGAAAGAGACCUCUCUUCGUUCUCGUUUCAGGUCAAUGGCAAGGAUGUCGCGAACAAGGAGCAGACUGAGAAUCUGUUCGCGGAGACGAAAAACGCAGUGACUAUUCUCGUCAGCCGAUGUGUAUAUCAAGACGAUGAAUACGAUGACAGGCGCAUCUAUCAUCAGGGUUCGCCGCCGCUCUCGCCCGAGAACCUGCCAGCGUAUCAGAACAGCAUGAUCGAGCAGCUGAUCCGUCAACAGCAGCAGCAAACGGAGGAGCGUACCAAAGAGAGCGAGGUAAACAACUGCACCCUGAAAGCGGCUCCACCUAUACCAUCUCAUACUCAGCAGCAGCAGCAGCAGCAGCAACAGCAGCAACAACAACAGCAACAACAACCACCGCCGCCGCCGCCGCAACAGCAGCAAUCUGUCAACAUCUUUUCCACGAACUCGUCGUCCACGUGUUCGUCACAGAACUCACACAAAUCCACCGGCAAAAACGCGACUUCGCCGGUGCAUCAUACGGAAGAGCGCAGCAAGCAAUGGAUGCAAGAAUCGCUGAAGGAUUGUUCAAAGAGGCUCGAAGGUAUAUCCCUCCGUGGACAGCAGUCCGGCCCGCUGGCGACGGCACCGCCAUCGGUGAAACUCAUUGAAGCGUAUUCAAGUCACGUGUGGAGUGAUACUGAGCACAUCUACGAAACGAUACCGGAGUCGGAUAGCGAGCCAAUUUACUCGUCGCCGUACGAGCACCACCAGCAACACUGGACGCAACAGCCAAAUCACGUUGUCGCCGCGACAACACAAUUGCAGCAUGGCAGCACUACGCAGAACCACUUGGCCAGCGGCCAGCAAAAUCAGAAAUGGCACUCCUCCUCAAAGAGCAACAGUUCCGGCGAGGAGAAGGAUAGUUCGAGCGCUUACAACACCGGCGAGUCCUGUCAUAGCAAUCCUCUGACUUUGGAGUUGCAUCAGGGCGAGAGGGAUCAUCACAAGAGCACACUAGUUCUGUGCCCACCGAAGACACCGCAGCAACAACAACAGCAACAGCAGCAGAAGCUCGGUUGCAAUUGUCCUAUGCCAGUGACGCCGACCGCGACAUCCGCGGUGACAAGGCAAUCGUCGAAGAACCAAAGCGUGAAGAAGAGCUCAUUGUCGCAUCAUCACAAAGAUCGCAACGAACCUCCGUCGAUAAACGCCAAUACGCUGCCGGCCGAUACUAUGUACACGAACGUGGCGAAUCUGCAGCAGACGAUGAUGCUGCAACAACAGCUAUUCAAGCAGGCGCUCAACCGCAAGAACCUCACGACAUCCAGGGAGAUGUCCACGGGCGGCGCAAGGAAAUCCAAAUCGCAUGGCAACUUUCAGGCGCCAAAUCUCACGCAGUACCAGUUUGUCGGCAGCCAGCAGGUGUGCACAUCUACGUGGAUUCCGCCAGAGGACAAGAGCGAAGUCCAAAUGGAAUGGAAAGUGAAGAGGAGGGCGGACGGAACGAGAUACAUCGCCAGACGGCCCAUUAGGAAUCGGAUACUCCGGAACCGAGCGAUCAAGAUAACCGAAGAAAGAGCCGGUCACACCACUGAGGAUGAUACUAUCUCGGAGAUGAAGGUCGGACGCUACUGGAGUAAAGAGGACCGUAAACGGCAGCUGGAACGCGCACGCGAGCGCAAGCAACGUCAACAGGAACUGCUGCUGCAGCAACAACAGCAGCAGAUGCAACAGACUAACGACAUGCUGAUAUGCGAACACACGGAGGACAAGGUGUCGAAGAAGCCGUUGAACAUCGUCGAACUAAGUCACAAGAAGAUGGCGCGUAAAAAGACGACUCUAGACGAUUUCACCACCGUGCAAGAAAUGCUGGUUCAUGGAAACAGGGUGGGCGCAGGUGGACCUGGCACGGGGGGGAAAUUAAUGGGUUUACUGUCGGUUACCACGGUGUAAGCGUUUAUGUACCCUCGAUGUUCGCCAAGAUGACCGUUCGUCGCACGAAUAUUGGAAUUCCCGAAACGGCCGCGAGAAUAUUUUACAGGCACAAUUAUUGUGCGAGUGAUUUUUAUACCGCGUCAGGUAAAGCCUGAAACCUUUACGUGGCGUAAUACUCAUCUCGAAUUAUCUUUUAUACCAACCUCCCGCCUGCAAAUAUGUGCCUCAUGCAAAGGCAACGUCGUAAAGUCGGAAUGAUCCUUCUUGAUGAAAGAGCUAGCGUUCGUCUGAAUAGUCCGUACUGCUUACUUGAUAUAUACAUAUAUAUACGUAUAAAAGCUAGACAAAAUAAUGUAAACAUCUGUGAAAUACAUUACUUGUUUUAUUAAUAAAAGAUUCAUUAUUUAAUAAAUAGCUCUAUUUUCCAGAUAACACAAAUGAUCGUUAUGACGUCAAAAAGAAUUUAUUUCCGGUAAUACAAAAAGGAUUACUAUAGAAUUAAAAUUAAUCACUCGUUCAUUAUUGUAAAAUAAUAAUAAUGUAAUCUCUAAACAGGCCAAUUGACAAUAAUAGAUGUAAAACAUUAACUUUACUUUUUCUUUAGUAGCACAAUAUUGGCAAAUUUUCAUUGGCACAAUAUUGGACCAAUGUAUUCCCAAUAUAAAUUAUACAUUGGACCAAUAUUAGACCAACAAAUUGUGCUACUAGAGUUCAUUAUUAACAAUAUAGCAAAACAAGUUUCAACCUUACUAGGUCUUUCUUAAUCGCAAACUUAAUAAUUAAACUUAAUUUAAAAUUAGUAAUUUUUUAAUUUAGUAAAAUUAAAGAUCUGACAUUCCCGAAAAUUAUAUAUUUAUGUUUGCUGGAAUGCUAUAUCUAAAAACUAUUUUGAUGUCAUUGCGAAAAUUUGUAUAGAUUAUAAAAAGAUAACCUUUUAUAUCUGAAAGAUCUCAGAAUUAGUGACAUAAAAGCGAAAUCUUUUGGAACUUUUGAAUGUUUUUGGAUAAAAAAUGGAAGAAGUAUGUAUGUACAUUUCAUAAUUCGGGGAUUAAACAAAAAUUAUUUUUGAAAUCUGUGCUGUCUCUGGGUUGUCUUUAUAACAUAUUGUAACGUAUUUUAUCCUUAUUAGAAUAAAAUCACUAAAAUUGGUAAGUAACACGUUAUUUGUAACGUCGUUACUGUUACUUUUUUCAGUAAAGAAUGAGUAAUGAUGUUACAUUUCCUCAUGAGUAACGUACAUUACGUUUCUUUAAUGGUAACGCAAUUACAGUUUUUGAGUAACGGUAAUGAUUUGACUACCCAGUAAACGAAAACGAAAAAGGGUUGAGUAGUGCCUAGUUAAAAAGAUAAAAGUUAAGUUAAAAAGUUAAAAAGUUAA